AUGUUGGGGUCACUUUUUCCACAGUCACACAGACCAGCCGCCCAGACAGGCCUCAGACCAGUCAGGAUGAUGGUGGUAUUGCAGGUUCUGCUUCUGGAAGCCGACCUCCUGUAAGGCGCCCAUCACAGGGCUUGGGACACUUACCCAGGAGGCCAACUAAGACACGGCGUCUUGGCUCUGAUUCUGCACCUCCAUCAUCCCCACCCAGGCGAAGACUAUCGGCAGUGUCACCCCAGCCACCACUGGCACUAUUGGCGAGUUCGCAGAGUGAUGAGCCCAGAUCACCUCAGUUAUCUGAGCACAACCUGAUGUCCGCCGAGGACCAGCAGGGACCAGAACAACAGCCAUCCUUCACACUGCAAUUAACAGCUGUGGAUCCAAGCAUGCCAAUCCAGUUGCAGGAUAUACCCCAACCAUCCAGCAGUCCACAACUGCCACAAGCUCCGCCCCCAAGCCAAAUUCCGGACGAUUUUUGGGCAAGUUGGACAAGCCAACAGGCCCAAAGCAAUGCCACCCUGACCCAACAUACACAACACCUUGCCAGUCUGCCCCAUCAUCUACCGCGUAUUAGUCGCAACUCGGGCAGACUAAUAGUACAAGUAGGGAGAAUGGCUACCUCUAUGGAGCAAAUUAGGGCAGAAAACAGCCAAAUGAAUGCUAAUUUAUCCCGCAUUAUAGAUGAACAACAGCGACAUCAGCAGGCACUAGUUCAGAUAAUUCAACACAAUCAAGUUAGAGGAGGCUUGGUAGACUUCAGGGACAUUAAGUUUGAAGUAAUGAAGGAAAGCAUGCAGAUCUUGGACCUUUGUGUCCAAGUUGCUCCUCCAACUUUCAUACUAAGCAUUAAAAUCAGUCAAAUUCAGUUUGUGAAAAAAGCUAACUUUCUAGGUAUGAAGCAAACUCAAAAAUGCAUGAUGACCACUCAAGUGGACACAUAUACAGAUGUGUCUUUCUACAUUAUUGUUCUCUACAUUCUGGGGAGCGCUAUGAGCCGCUACGCUGUGACUGCUCACAUCCAUGGCUCUGUAAUUCAGAGCGAAUGGCAGCGAGAGACCUGA